AUGGAGAAUGUGUUUACAGUAGAUGGAGUGGUUUUGAAUAGACGAGGGUCCUAUAUUUUAGGAACACUCAUUUUAUCACGAUUUCAUCUUGUAUUCACAUUCAAUUCACCAAGGACGGCUCUGGCGAUAAGCUCGACGUUGGACGCUUCACAGCAACGAAAGGAAAUCUGGGUAUGUUAUCCUAUAAUUGAACGUAUAUCAAAAGCCCGAGGCUCUACUUGGUUGAACAAUAAUUUUGAUAAUAGUAGUAAUGGUUAUGGUAGUGGUAGUAGUAAUAACAUUGAUUCAAAGCCAUCUAAUUCAUCUGGUUCGCAUAGUAGGGCUAAUUCUCCCGCAUUACAAAUUGCGGGAUUCGACAACUAUAGUGCUUCUCAUAUAAGGUUGCAGUGUAAAGAUUUCACGUAUUUUUCAUUUGAUUUUAGAAACGAUUUAAUCUGCUGUGAAGUGUUUAAUAAGAUGAGUUUGUUAAUUACAAAGAGUAAGAUUGAGAAUGAUAUCAGGCAGUUGUAUGCAUAUUCGUAUGUUCCUAAUAAUAUAGAGCAGAACUUGCAAGUUAAAGGAUGGGAUUUAUAUGACCCGAUAGAGGAAUAUACUCGGUUAGGGCUACUAAGACGGGAUGGGCAUAAUAAUAAGUUAUUUUGGAAAUUAACAAAUAUCAAUGAAAACUAUAAGUUUUGCACAUCAUAUCCCAAAGUCAUGAUUGUUCCUAGCUCUAUAUCGGAUAAUGUAUUACAACAUGCGGGGAAGUUCAGAUCCAAACAGAGGAUCCCUGUUGUUGUUUAUAAGCACCAUGCGAACAUUAAUGGUAAUGUGAUUGCUCGUUGUGCACAGCCAUUGGUUGGUUUGAAUUUACAAAACAGAUCCAUACAAGAUGAAAAGCUAAUUGGCGAGAUUUUCCAUUCACAAGAAUUGGAAAAGGCAUUUAUGUUGAAGAGCUGUGAAGAAGAAAUAUUGAAUGAUAAUGAUACAGGGUACCAAGCACAACAGCCACAAAAGAAUUUACUCGUUGACUUGAGACCCGUGACCAAUGCCAUGGCUCAGCAUGCUCUUGGAGCAGGCACUGAAAAUGUCGAGAAUUAUAGGAAUAAAAAACCGCAUAAAGAUGAUGACCAUUACAACGGCGAUGGACACCAACAGGGACAUAGAAACUCAAGACAAGUGGAUAAAAUCUUUUGUAAUAUAGAUAAUAUUCAUGUUAUUCGGGAUUCUUUGAACAAAUUGACUACAGUUUUGAACAAUUUGGAUAAGUAUCUGCCAAAUUCACAAGUAAACGUAUCCAAUUCAAGUACAGCUACUACACCAACUACCACUACUACACCAAUUACCACUACUACACCAACUACCACUACUACCACUACUACCACUACUGCAUCUGCAUCUUUACAACAAGCAUUAAGCAAAACAUACUGGUUGCACCGGCUUUCAAUAAUCUUACAAUCUGUUGAUCGGAUAAUCAAAUCGAUUCAUUUGAAUAAUACAAAUGUUGUUAUCCACUGCUCUGAUGGAUGGGACCGUACUUCUCAAGUAUCAGCAUUGGCACAAUUAUGUCUUGAUCCCUUUUACAGAACAACUAAAGGGUUUAUGAUUCUUAUUGAAAAAGAAUGGACAAGCUUUGGAUUUAAGUAUCGAACCAGAGCCGACCAUGGUGGCUGCAUUGGAGCAGUUAUGAAGAAAGAACAAAAGAAAUAUAUAGCACAACCCAAUGGAAAUGAAUCACCACAAUCACAGCAGCAGCAGCAACCGGCAGAAUCUGUUUCUUCUGAGAGUAUGACAAUGUUGGAAAAUAGGCCUCUUUCUGAACUUUCAAGUUCUGCUGCUGCUAGUGUAACUUCAUUUUUCCAAAAAGCAGCAAAAGCGGCAAGGGAUUUGAAAAACAGUGCUCAAAAUGGAUUAUCCAACUAUCCCGAUGAAGGAACUGAUUACCCAAAUGACCUGUUAAUAAACAAAUCAUCAAUUUCUUUUUCUUCAACUACAUAUGGAGGUAGUAAUGAACGAUCUCCUGUUUUCCACCAAUUUAUUGAUUGUAUUUAUCAAAUCCAUAGGCAAAAGCCAACUUAUUUCGAGUUCAAUACUAGAUUUUUGAAAAGAUUACUAUACCACUAUUAUUCUUGCCAAUACGGCACUUUUUUGUGUGACUCGGAAAAGGAAGCACAACAAGUUUAUCGUAUUGAUAAGCUGACCGUAUCUGUGUGGGACUAUUUCAAUUCAAGACCAAAUGAGUUUAAAAAUCCCGCUUAUACUGUAAGGGAAAGGGGAAAGGCAGAGGUAAUGGCAGAGACAAAGGCAAAUACAAACACAAAUGCAAAAGCAAAAGUUAAAAAAGAUGACGAUGAUUGUGGAGGUGUUGUAUUUUUCAAUUCUGCUGAUAUGAAAUGGUGGUCGGAACUAUAUGGGCGUAGUGACGAAGAGAUGAACGGAUUGUCCAACUCAUUGGACCGGAAGUUUGCACAAAUGGAUUUGAAAUAA